AUGCAGCCCCAUGAUGAUCCGCUAGUAGUAACUGUAACAGUGGCCAACCAUAUGAUCCACAGAAUUCUGGUGGACAAUGGAAGCUCGGCUGAUAUACUGUACUGGCCAGUUUUUAAACAAAUGGGUAUCGAUCGUGACAGGAUCACACCAUUUAGCUCUCCCCUGGUUGGAUUUGCAGGAGAGCAGGUCCAGCCAAUUGGUCUUAUUUCACUCCCUGUAACGGCAGGAACAGCACCUAAGCAGAAAACUGUGAUGGUAGAUUUUUUGGUUAUCGACCGACCAGGUGCCUACAAUGCCAUUGUUGGUAGACCUGCUUUGAAUAAGUUGAAGGCCGCAACUUCGCCAUACCAUUUGAUGAUGAAGUUCCCCACAGAAGAAGGAGUCGGAGAAGUGAAGGGAGAUCAGACCCAGGCGAGAAGGUGUUACAAUACGUCUCUCAGGAGGGUCUCGGAUCCGACUCCUAUUGUAAUUGGUACAGUAGGUGGAAAUAACAGGAAUGACCCAAAAGGGGAACCAGCUGAACCUCUGGAGGAUGUGGUAAUAAUUGGAGACAAGACUUUGAAGAUUGGGACACAGCUCAGUCCCAAAAUCCGAGACGGCCUUGUCAUUUUCCUAAGAAGAAAUUUAGAGGUUUUUGCGUGGACUCACGAAGAUAUGCCAGGAAUUGAUCCUGAAGACAUCCUUCACCAGCUAAAUGUGGAUCCAAGUGUGAAACCAGUAAAACAAAAAAGAAGAAAGUUCGCUCCUGAACGGAAUGAGGCCAUAGCAGAAGAAGUAGAGAAACUUCUCAAAGCUCGUUUCAUUGAAGAAGUAUACUAUCCCGAUUGGUUGGCUAACGUAGUAUUGGUCAAGAAGUCCAAUGGGAAAUGGAGGAUGUGUGUAGAUUUCACUGACCUCAAUAAGGCCUGCCCAAAAGAUAGUUUUCCAUUACCUCGCAUCGAUGCAUUGGUGGACUCAACAGCUGGAUACGGUUUACUCAGCUUCAUGGACGCCUUCUCUGGAAACAGAAAACAAAAUGCAAACUACACAACACCAAGCAGCACUAAAAACCUCUCCAAAAGAGAAGCCAGCCUACAAUAA